AUGACCACGACCACCCAAGAAACCGAGCAAAACAUGGACAAAUUUUCGACCCUCUUCUCUCCAAGUACACCGCGCGCUUCGCCCAUUCUCGGUACAACAACCCUUCCAAAUCCUUCCCAACCCUCGUCCUCCUCCGUCCCAUCGUUCUACCACAGACACCACGCGAAGCAAGCAAGCUCGGAUUCAGACUUUGGUGCUUUCGUAUCGGUAGGACCGGCUGAAGAUCCUCUUCUCGCGGACUUCGAGUUUAAUGAUAAACAUCCGGUGUUGAAACCCACAACGUUCUUUGACAAAUUUGCGCAGGAUGCGAAGAGGAAGGUGGAGGAGAAGAGGAGGAGUGUGUUGGAUGAGUUGUUGAUGCACGAGGAUGAUCCGAUGUAUUGGUUGAAGGAUGAGCGGACUGUGUCUGUUGAGGAGGAACGGCGGGAACCCAAUGCCACCACGGACGAACAACCAAACGGAUUACUAGACCAACAACCCCUCUCACCCCUCCUUCAAGACCUUGACCUCGAAUUCUUCAAGAAAUCCACCUCACGGCCCAGCCUCAAUCCCUCCUCGUCGCCUACGCGAUCGCCAACCGCACCGGUUCUCGCGCCGCCCACAUUAGCGCCAUUCAUCGCCUCCAAACCCAUCAUCAUCAAUAACAUCGAUUAUCCCAUCUCUUCGUCGCCACCCCCCGACCCAGGACACGCAGAAAGACCCCAUACGACAUCCCCACCCCCAGGACGGUCAACAUCGUAUUCCAGCCGUUGGAUGUCCUCGAUAUUAAGGUCCCACCCCGCGUCGAGUGGUGGGACUCCACUUCCCGGCGCACGAUCGUCAUUGGAGGGCGUAUAUUCUGCGGGGGCGUCUCAUCCUCCUUCACACUCGCACUUCCACCCUCAGCAAUCCCACUCAGAGCCAACGCAGCCUCACCACCCAAUAGCACCCACGCCCAUCCAAAUAACACAUACAACGCCAUUCGCACCUUCCUCGACGAAUCCGUUUGCAACACACGUGUUUAGGCCUAUAAGCGGGGCACCUGGGUUUACGGGUGAGGAUAGAUACGAGAGGUGGGAUAAAGGGUAUUCGAGGGAUUUGGAGAGGGAGUUGGUUGGGCGGGGACGACGUGAUGGGGACGGCGAACGCGAACACUUGGAAUUUGGAUGGGAUGGUGAGAGUGCGGUUAAGCUUGUUGGGAGGAAGGAGGGUACGCAGGAGGUGUUGAGUGGGGGUGUAGCUGAGAUGAUCCGAACACACCUCCCAGCCCUCGCCCGCCUCCCACGUACCUGGACGCUCCUAUACUCUCUAGACCAACACGGUAUAUCGCUCAACACGCUCUACGCGAACUGUGAACGAAACGGCCGUGAAAAUAAUAAGGAUAAGGGAGGGAGGAGUGCGGGUGAGUUGGUGGUUGUGCGUGAUGAGGGUGGGAUGACGUUUGGUGUUUGGUUGGGUGAGGAAGGGGUUAGGAAUGGGAGGGGGAGGGGGUAUUAUGGGAGUGGGGAAUCGUUCUUGUGGAAGUUUGACGGAGAAAAGUUGGAGGUCUUCAAAUGGACGGGGAAGAACGACUAUGUGGCGCUUUGUGAACCAGAGUUUAUAUCUUUCGGAGGGGGAGACGGCCACUACGGAUUAUACCUAGACGAAAACCUCACCGACGGCUCGUCCGCUGCAUGUCCCACUUUCGGGAACCCCCCGCUUUGCUCUUUAGGCCCGAGGAAGGCGGCGGGAUCCGUGGAUUUCGAGUGUGUGGGGCUGGAAGUGUGGGGGUGCGGGCCUUGAGCAUCAUUAUUUUUGGGUGCUUUGUUUGGACGUUUUUUUCGGAGCUCUGAGCGUGGAAUGCUGGGUGGUACCUUGUUUGUGGAUAGAUAUAGGAUGGGCUGCGUGAUGGGUCAAGUGUAUUGUUGCGCCUUUUGACAACUUGGAGAAUAAACAAAUGGCAUC